AUGCCUGCUAGGGGCAAGGCUCCACCAACGUUUGAAGGGCGCUCUGUGCAAGUUCCUGGGAUGAUGCGGCGUGGUCAACUUUCUGGUUUAGGUUCCGCUGCUUCUCGUCGCUCUCUGGAGUCCCUGACUCCUCCUCAGCUGUUGGAGAAUAGAAUUGCUGUUCAGGAAGCAGAAAUAGAGCAGCUUUUACAGGAUAACCGUAGUCUGUCAAGUGGACAUGUCACCUUGAGAGAGGCUCUUGUCGCAGCUGCGCAAGAUGUGCAAAAGUUGAAGUCACACAUUAGAAGUAUCCAGACGGAAAGUGACAUUCAGAUCAGAAUUCUACUUGAUAAGAUUGCCAAAGGAGAGGUUGAUAUUAGAGCCGGUGAGAGGGUGAAGAAGGACCUACAACAGGCCUAUAUUGAGGCACAGAGCUUAGCAGCUUCCAGGCAGGAAUUGAGUGCUCAAAUUCAACGAGCUAGUCAGGAACUGAAGAAGGUUAAUAGUGAUGUUAAGAUAAUUCCAGAUUUGCAGGCUGAACUGGAUGGAUUAGUGCAGGAGCAUCAGAGGUUACGUGGCACAUUUGAAUAUGAAAAGAAGAAAAACAUAGAGCUAGUGGAUUACAUGAAAGCAAAAGAGAAGAAAUUAAUAGCGAUGGCAAGAGAAGUUGAAAUGUUACGAGCUGAGAUUUUGAAUGCCGAGAAAAGAGUAAAUGCACCUGAUCUGUUUAGGGCUUCCACCCCUGGCCACAGCAGUGGUCCGUUUGUUGAUGCUUAUGGGAGAGCUCAUGGUCAGAUGGCUGCUGGCCAAGUAGGAGAGGGUAUGAUACAAGUUGGUGAUAGCAAUGGAAUAGCAGCUGUCAAUAGUUCUGGUGUUAGUGGUGGUAUUUGGUCAAGUCCAUAUGAUCCGUCAGUUGGUCGGAGGUGA